GAGGCGGCGCCCCCGCCAGCCCAGCUCUUGCUAUGCGCGUGCGCACCAAUUCCGGUGCGGCGCUGAGCUUCCGGUCAUCUGGCUUCCGCCAUCCGAGAUAACCCCUGUGCGGGCCAACCCUCAGCGCCUGCGCAGGCGGCGGCGUCCGUCCAUCACCAUGGCAGCAUUCGCUGGGGGCCCAGCAGAGCCUGGGAUUGCUGCCUUGAGUUCAAGCACUCAGCUGCAGGAGGGUCACGGUCAGAAGGCAGAUUUGCAGCAACACAUGGACUCUGUGCUGCUGAAGGGGCUUCGAAGGACGAGACUGACGGCUACCCUCAGGGCUUUCGGGUCCUGGAGUGAAAAUAUACUGGAUUAUUUUCUCAGAAACAAUCAGAUCAGGACAGAAGAUGGCGCUGAGAUCAUCUGGUAUCACGCAGCUAACCACAAGUCCCAGAUGCAUGAGGCACUGAAGAGUGCUGCCCACAUGAUAGAGGCUGAUGUCCUUCUUCCUAGUGAUGGAUCAGAGCAUGGCCAGCCAAUCAUGGCCCACCCUCCUGAGACAAACAGUGAUAACACUCUGCAGGAGUGGCUGGCUGAGGUCAUGAAGAGCAACAAGGGCAUCAAGUUGGAUUUCAAGAGUCUGGCGGCCGUCAGAGCAUCCAUGCUGUUCCUGCAGAAUGUAAAGCAGCACCUGCAGCGUCCUGUGUGGAUGAAUGCUGACAUCCUUCCUGGGCCAAACGGAAGCAGCAAGGUCGUGGACGCCAGAGCCUUUCUGGACACCGUGACAUCCUUCUUUCCAGAUGUGACCUUUUCCCUGGGUUGGACAACAGGAUGGCAUCCAGAGAAAGUCAAUGAAGGCUACAGCUGGACAAUGGUGAAAGAGAUGGACUACAUAUGCAGUGGCCUAACCCAGCCGGUCACGUUUCCUGUCAGGGCAGCUUUGUUCAGGCAAUCCUCUUCUCAGUUGCUCUGGCUAUUGAAGAAAUCAAACAGGAGAAGUUCGUGUACGCACAGAGAUACUAGCACAUUUCAAAGCAUUGCUUGUAAUUAUAAAGGAUGUGGAAUACCCCAAGUAUCCUCCAGUCAGAAACUGGCUGCGUAUAUUGUGGUGUACCUCAUGAUGGAGUGGUACAGCCUGACUAUUUGGACCGGAAAAGAUGACAGUUAUACCACUGAUGAUUUACUUUAUAUUCGAGACUACUUUAAUAAAACCCAAGUUUUCUAUGAUAUUCUGGAACCACAAAACCAUGAAUUUAAACGCGCCAUUGGGAUUCCAGUCUCUCUUUAAGAAUAUAAGAAUACACUUCUUCUGAAUCAUUUUCUUUUUUGGUUUGAGAAUCUUUCUCUGUUUUUGUCUGAAUUAAUUGCUGUAUUAAUUGCGAUUAUUGGUUUAUGCUAAAUUUAUCCAAUCAAAAAUGCUUAUUGUGUACUUAUUCUAUCCUUAUAAUGUCUUCAUGUCUGUACGUGGCUGAAAUAUUUUACCAGCUGCAAUAAAGUUGUUUUCAAAUUAUAGUAAAAAUGUUCAAGCCAGGUGUGGUAGCACAUGCUUAUAACCCUAGGACUUGGGAGCCUGAGGCAGGAAGAUCAAGAGUUCAAGGCCAGCCUGGACUAUAUUGUGAUACCCUAUCUCAAAGACAACAUUUUGUAACUUCUCUAUAAUCAUCACACAUUAAUUUUGUAAAAAAAAAAAAAAAAUUAAUAAAUUAACUACUUUUUGAUGAAAUUA